AUGAUGACCAAACCCUAUGGGAAAGGAGACGUGGCGGACCUGGUGAGCUCUCUGGGCUGGAUGGACGAGGAGCUGAGCCUGCAGGAGAGGGACAGCGGGGCCCAGGUGGGACGCUACGGACUGGGCAGGGGCGGAGGAGGCGGAGAGGACCUGGGGAGCGAGGACCUGGAGGAGGAAGGGGAGGAGGAGGAGGAGGAGGACUGCAGAGAGGAGGAGGAGGAGGGUGAGAAGGCGCCCAAGAGGAGGGGCCCCAAGAGGAAGAAGAUGACCAAAGCCCGGCAGGAGCGGUUCCGCGCCCGGCGCGUGAAGGCUAACGCCCGCGAGCGCUCGCGCAUGCACGGCCUCAACGACGCCCUGGACAACCUGCGGCGCGUCAUGCCCUGCUACUCCAAGACCCAGAAGCUGUCCAAGAUCGAGACGCUGCGGCUGGCCCGCAACUACAUCUGGGCCCUGUCGGAGGUGCUGGAGAGCGGCCAGUCCCUGGAGGCCCCGGGCUUCAUGGAGAUGCUGUGCAAGGGCCUGUCCCAGCCAACCAGCAACCUGGUGGCCGGCUGCCUGCAGCUGGGCCCCGCCCCGACGCCGUUCGACAACGCGGACGACGCGCGGGGGGGAGGUCCGGGGGCGCCCGGGGCGAUGGGGGCGGGGCAGCAGCGCCACCCCUUCAGCUACCCCUCCCCCGGCCUGCCCAGCCCGCCCUACGGCUCCCUGGACUCCUCCCACCUCGUGCACUUGAAGGGCUUCAAGGGCGGGGCUUACGAGAGCUCCUCCCCCAACGAGUGCAGCGCAGGCACGCCCCCCUACGACGGGCCCCUGACCCCGCCCCUCAGCAUCAGCGGCAACUUCGCCCUCAAGCAGGAACCCUCGCCUCACGACACGGACCGAGGUUACGCCCCACACCCCGCCCACUUCCUGUCCUCGCACCCCUACCCGCCUUCCUCCAUGGCGGGGCUGCCUGGGCCCCAGGGCCACGCUCUGUUUCAGGCGUCCCGCUUCGAGCUGCCCCUAGACAUGGCCUUCGACUCCUUCGCCCCGCCCCACAUGGUGGCAGCGCAGAUGGGUGCCAUCUACAGUGAGUGA